GGCGACCGUGUAGAUGUAAUAAACACGUCAGUACUCGCGCAACCAGCGCGCAGAGCGGACGUGGACUUUGUGUUUUUGCGCUCUGCCAUCUUGUUUUCACGCGUCCGACUUGAGCAGCCUUUUUAAGUGUUUGUGCAUUGAUUCGAAGUCAUGGCGAAGGCAACGGAACAUGAAGUAAUAAGAGCAGUAUUAGAAACGUAUAGAAGUAUGCCAUUUCUCUGGAAGAGGGAUGAUGAAGAUUAUCUGAAUAAAGCAGCCAGAGAAGAAGGAUACAAAGUGUUGCUAGAGAUGUAUCACGAUUGGGAUGAAGAUUGUACUAUGCAAGCUCUAAAAAAGAAAAUAGAGAAUUUACGCUCGAAUUAUUUUAAGGAAAAGAAAAAGGUUAUAGCAUCACAAAAAGCGGGGAAAAGAUUGUAUGUGCCAAAUCUGUGGUAUUACAAUUUACUGACAUUCCUGAACAAAAGAGGGGCUAAUGUGGACGAGCAAGAUUCGCAAGAUCCUUUAGAAAAUGAACAAAACGAGCAAACAUCGGACAACGAGGAAACAGUCGUAAAGACAGAACCUAUCACCCGAAAAAGAAAACUGGAAAGACCAAUGAUGGACCGAAGAUCUCAUCCAUCAGACAUAGCACGAAAAUUCCUCCCAAUGCAACGUUCUGAACCCUGGGAAAUUACAUACGGGAAAUCCGUCGGCCAUCAAUUGAAGGAUCUAAAAGGAGAUCAGUUGGUGAUCUGUCAGAAACUUAUAUCGGAUGCCAUAUUUUUUGCCAGACUUAGUAAAUUAAAUGAAAAUUCACAAGUUGUGAAUCCUGACACUCCUGACACGGAACCACAAUAUCUGGAUAACAGUUUUGCGUCUGACGAUUGGGUUGAGGGGGUCAGUACGCGCGCAACCAGCGCGAAGAGCGGACGUAGGGUCCGUGUUUCUUGCGCUCGGCGGCCAUUUUGUUUUAACGCGUCCGUGUUUGAGGCCGCCAUCUUGAUUUACCCACAGUAUCCAGUCAUGUCAAUCAAGGCGGAGAAGUCCAAAAUGGAACAAGAAAUUAUAAGAGCUGUAAUAGAGAAGUAUAGAAAACUGCCGUUUCUCUGGAAGAAGGAGCAUGAAGAAUAUUUUAAUAAAGCAGUAAGGGAAAGAGGGUACAAAGCGAUGCUAAGAAUUUAUCGCAAUUGGGAUGAAGAAUGUACUAUGAAUAUGUUAAAGAAGAAAAUUGAUAAUUUACGCUCGAAUUACUUAAAGGAACACAAAAAGGUCCUAGCAUCACAACGAGCAGGAGGUAAAUUGUAUGUACCAACUUUGUGGUAUUACAAUUCAUUAACUUUCCUGAACAAUCAAAGCAGUAAUGAUAAUGAUGAUGAGAAUGGUUUACAGGACCCUUUAGAAGAUGAUCAGUCAUCAGACAACGAAGAAACCACCAUAAAAAUUGAACCGUACUCCAUAAAAGUACAACAAACAUCUGACGACGAAACAAUCGCAAAAAAUGAACACACUCUAAGCGCUCGAAAAAGAAAACUAGCCAGAUUACUAGAACGGCCACAUCCUUCAGAAUUAGGAAGAAGAUUCCUCCCUAAUUUCCCACGUAACGAAUCCUGGGAAAUAACUUAUGGGAAAGCAAUUGGACAUCAAAUGAAGGAUCUAAAGGGAGAACAGUUAGUGAUCUGUCAAAAACUUAUUUCUGAUGCCAUAUUUUUUGCCAAACUUAAUAAAUUGAAUGAGAAUUCACAAGUUGUGAAUCCAGAAACUGGACCUGCGUUUAUUGAACAUAGUUAUGCGACUAGCGAUUAAUUGUUUUCGUUUAUAUCUUGUUAAGUAAAACUUUUAGGUUUGAGUCGGAUUUAUGAUGACUAAUUGGAUUUUAAGUGAAAUGUUGUUGCUAUUGAAAAUUAAAACGACUACGACCUUUAAACAAUUUAGUUUUGCUGACAAAAUAAAAA